UCAGUCAUGGAAUUAAAGCUCGCUGUUGGCUGACCGACAGUAAUGAAUAGCAAUGGAUAGCAACAACAGCUAACAGCUAACGCUAGCAGGUAUUUACCCCUGAAACCAUGACAGUAAUGUAUUCCGGAGCCUGUGUGUGAUUAGCUGAAGUGCUGAAUGUUCUUCUACUGUCGCUGAAAAUGACACCAAGAUGACUCACCAGUGGCUUGGACAUCAGUGAUUUGACAGAAGAUGAGGCUGGCUUAGCUUGUCAGACUUGUCAUUGCUUGUAAUGAUUGUCACUGUAGGCUUAUUAACCAUAAGGACAUUGACAACAAACAACAGUAAAUUAUGUUUGUUGCCAUUAGCACAUGACACCUUAAAAGCAGACUACAUAAAUUAUCAUCUAGUUUGUUUUGAAUGGCUUCCAAUUAACCAUCGCUGACAAUGUCGCUGGGAGAGCAGUCUCAAAAGUGGUUUCCAACCCAUGUCCAAGCCACUGUACUUCAAGCAACAGGUUUACAGCCCAAGGGGAAAAAUGGCACCAAUGAUGCCUACACUAUCAUCCAACUGGGCAAAGAAAAGUACUCCACUUCAGUGGCAGAGAAGACACUUAACCCCGUCUGGAGAGAAGAAGCCUCCUUUGAAUUACCUGGUUUACUUUUGGAGGGCAACCCAGAAGUAUAUGAACUUUGCCUGAUAGUAAUGCAUCGGUCCUUGGUUGGGAUGGACAAGUUUCUGGGUCAGAGGUCCAUCAACCUUAAUGAAAUCUUUGAUAAUAAGGAGAGAAAGAAAACUGACUGGUAUUCCAUAGAGUCCAAGCCAGGGAAGAAAAGGAAAGAACGAGGUCGUAUCCAAGUCAGCAUCCAGUUCAUGAGGAACAACAUGACAGCCAGCAUGUUUGACCUCUCUAUGAAAGAAAAGCCCCGCUCACCUUUUUCCAAACUUAAGGUCAAAAUGAAGGGUCGCAAACAUGACAGUGGCUUCAGCGACACAUCUUCAGCCAUACUGCCGCGCUCUGCCAUGUGUGACUCAGAGCCUAACCGCCCGUCCGUUGAACCACAGCCUCAACCUGAAGCAAAGGUCAAGAGGCCACUAUUGGCUGGGACCCAUAAACUCUCUGCAGCCCAUUCCAUGUCAGAUCUCAUCGGAACCCACUUUCGACCAAAACUGGACUCCAUGAACUCCAUUGAAGAGACUGGCGGUCCUCACAGGCGUUCACAGAGUGAGGUGCCAGGCUACCAGGAUAGCGAGGGGCACAGUGACCCUUUCACUGAUAUCAGUGACACCCUGCCACAGAAGUAUGCCACGCUCCCACGUAACCGCAAUCCAUUCGAGGGAGAGCACGGGCAGCUGUGGGACCGGGCAGAUCGGAAGGAGAAAAAGGAGAAGGUCAGCCUACUGGAACGUGUGACUGGAAAGAAGGAAGGUCGCAAGACCAAUGGGGGGCGUUCGGGCAGCUCUGGAGAUCUGCGUACUCCCAACCCCUUUAGUGGAGACUCGCAAACUGACACUAACCCGUUCACUUCCAACUACAAAUCCAGUGAUAAAAAGUCAACAAGAAAUGAAGAAAUUUCCUUUGGCCACAAAAAGAAGGACAUCAAUGGCAAGAAAAAAGAGGCGACUAAGGAAAGUGUAGCUGCCUAUAGCAACUUAACCUUUCAGGAAGUUGUCCAGGAACUCAUCAAACAGAAAGAAGUGGUUAAAAAGAAAGACGCCCACAUCAGGGAGCUGGAAGACUACAUCGAUAACCUUCUUGUGCGUGUCAUGGAGGAGACCCCAAGCAUUCUACGGACGCCCUAUGAGCCAAAAAAGAAGGCCGGUAAACUUUCUAAAAAGUAAAUAGAAGCGACAUGAAGGUGUAUUUGUGGCUCAUGUAUCAGUAUCAUGUGUUAAAAAAACACAGGAAAAUAUCUGAUUUAAUGAAAGCCAAAUUUAUUAUUAAUUUAUGUCUUUGCUUUAGAAUAUUUUCAAUAUAUGUAGAUUUUUAAGUUUUGAUUAUUCUAGUUCAUGACAUUUAUUUCGCCCCCUUAGUUAGGCAGAGUCAAUACAAUAAUUCCUCUUUAUUUUAGGAUAAUUGUUGGGUGUCUUUUAGGUACUAAAACAAGAUGAGAGAAAGUCGUCUGUGGUCACAUAUUUCUGACUAGAUUGGGUUUUAGCUAUAAUGGUACAGCUUCAUCUGUCCAGAAGUUCGUCAGGUGCAGUAGAGCCAAACUUCUAUUAACCAGUUUCUGGAGUUAAAUGGUCAAGCAGGUGAUUUGAUAAAGCUGUUUUAAUGUGUGUAGACUUCAACUUGUGACCUAAACUAUGAAAUACAUCUAACAGAGGCUACAGAUGUGGAUGAACUCCUCAUUCUUACCUAAUAGCCUCCAUGAUUCAUGGUGAUACUCUGAAAGAUUGGAAGAGUUUCAAAGCGCAAACAUUCCUUUUAUAAGUUACUGACUUUCAUUCUUUUUUACUUUGCAUGACUAUCAUCGAGUUUCCAAGGGUCUAACUGAAGGUGGACAUUUUUUUUACAAACUUUUAAGUGCAAUCAUUACUUGUUCUUGUUUACAUUUUGAUUAAUCAAUUACUUUUGAUCAGAGUUUUUUUGUUACGGUCUUCAUUGAUUCAAAAGCAUUUAUACCAUUCAUUUUACUGAACAGUCUUAAUUUAUAGUUUCAGUGCUCAUUGACACAUGAACAUUAUUGUUCUGUAUAUGCCGGGUACUUUCUGGUGAAAAGGCUCCAGUAUCCCAUUUAAUCCCACUGUGUUCCUCUGCACUUUGUAGAAGUAAAACAUGAUGUUAUUUUCAUCAGCAUAGUUUACCCUCAAAGUCAAAUGAAUGAUGUACUGUGCCUCUUUUUGUAUUAUAAUUUAACAUUCAUAUAAGAUAUGAUUGUUCCAUGAAGGUCACUGAGUACUAAUAAUAAUUGUUUGCUUAUCAUUUAAGGUAAACAGCCAAUAACUCAUUGGGCUUACAAGAGAGCGUUUGUCCGCCUAUAACGGAAGCUUUACGUUCCUCAUAUCAGUGUUUUCUCUCAUCUCAUGUGUCCUCUCAUCUUUGAUGCCUAUGUCACGACUACAGAAGUUGUUUCCAUGUUACACAGGGCUUCUUAGUUUUGAUAAUGUAUUACUUUCCGCUGAACUAAUGUCGCACUGCUACAGGGAUAGCAGUUAUUUUGCACUGCUGGUACUAAAAUGAACUAAAUGACAACUUACAGGUUCAAGGCUUCGAAAGAGCCGAAGAUUGUUUCACCUCCUUGUGAUUGUGCUAGAUGUUCAACAAUAGUAUCAUCACCUGCCUAUGUUUAGGUUUACAUUUGGGAUUGUUUAUUCCCAUUGAAUGGAAAGUAGGUUCAUGUACAGUGUUAAACAUGCUUUAUGUUUCCAUGGUAACAGCCCUUAAGUUGCACACAGUUUGAAUGACAUAUUCAUGUCUUUAUCAUAUGACAAUCACUUCAAAGCAUUUUAUAUGUCACUGUAUAAUACUUGUAUAAUACCAAACCACAGCUACAACACAACACACUGUAUUUAUGGAAUGUCAACAGUCAAAAACACUUUUGAAUUUUUUCACGAGAGCAACACCACUGAGAACACAUCUAGUUAUGCACUUGUUGUUUCUGCUGCUGUUUAACUUAUUUGGUCUUAAAGAAUGUGAUCUCUUUUUGGACUUGAAGCCAAAAUCUCUUGAUACUGAAUGUACUCUUGUUGGCUUUGAAAUAUGUAACUCUGAAACCUGUAAUGAUGUACAGAACACUAACAAGGCCAAUGAACCUUGCUUGCCUUUAAAGUAUUCAAUGUUUCCAAAGAGAUAAAUCAAGCUUGGGACAUUUUCAUUACUGAUUUCUGUUGACAUGACAGAGAUGUUUGGAUUUGUUUCUUGUUUUUUUUUUGUUUUUUUUAUAUUGGAAGAAUGUUUUUUGGUCUGCACAUAAUUUGUAAAGUCAAAAUGUUUAAAUCAGUGAAAGAAUGAUGAGUAUUAUGAUGAUACUAAUUAGGAAGUUUAUGUUGACACAAAUCUGUUUUCCAUUACAGAAAAUCUUAUCUACAAUUGCCUUCCUACAUUUUCUGAAGUGUACACUCUUCAUGUUACAGGCUUUGUUCAUAGCUUUAAUUAGUCUGUUUUGGUACUUAGCUAGAUGUUCCUCAUGGACCUGAGGCUCUGAUUACUUCCACUGUACAUACUGUACAGUCACUUUGUAAUAUUACUUCACCUUUUGACUUUUUCCACAUUUUUUUUCUGCUGUAAAAUGUUUGAAAUGUGCUUCCUGGGGAUUCUGUCUGAGUUUCAGGCAAAGUUAGAGUUAAGUUACAAUAAAUUUCAAAGUUGGUAAUAAAGUUUGAUUAUAAAAUAAA